UGACAUUACUACCUGCUGUCAUCAAACGGCAGCAACAUCAUCUCGAUCGGUGGAUUAUCUCUUAAAGGAAAUGAAACCCAUGCUGAUCCUUUUGGCUCUGGCAGGCUUUGCCAUCUGUAUUCGGGCAGACGUGUCCCACCUGUACGGAGGAGGUUACCACGAUCACGGCCAUGAUCACCAUCACCACCAUGAUCACGAUCACGAUCAUGAUCACCACCACUAUGAUGUCCAUUCCCACCACCAUUCUCCCUCGUCACACGAUCAUCAUGAUCUGCACAUUGAUCUGCACUAUCAGCCGGAUCACCACCAUCAUCAUCAUCAAGAGGCCAAGUUCGAUAUCCCUAGCGGAUAUAGCUAUGGACCUCCAGAGAAACCUCGCCAGAAGUACCUGCCGCCCAAGGUUUCCCUGCCACCGCCACCACCUCCACCGCCCAAGGCAACUUAUCUGCCUCCCUCAAAGCCUGAAGUGAAGUACCUGCCCCCCGAACCGGUGGCCAAGUAUCUGCCACCCAAGGUCGCUCCCAGCCUGCCUCCUCCACCACCACCUCCAGUUGUGGCGCCCAAGCCCACAUAUCUGCCUCCCAGUCCGCCAGAGUCCAAGUACCUUCCUCCUCCGACGCCCGAGGUGAAGUAUCUGCCACCUGCUCCAGUGGCAAGGUAUCUGCCACCCAAGGUUGCACCCAGUCUGCCACCACCACCUCCACCCCCACCAGUGGCUCCCAAGAAGCUGUAUCUUCCUCCUGCCGAGCCGGAGACUAAGUACCUGCCACCUUCCGAGCCCGUCGAGAAGUAUCUGCCUCCUAAGCCCGAACAAAAAUAUCUGCCACCCCAGCCUGAGGUAGAUUUCCACAUACCGAUUCCAUCCUAUGCACUGCCCUUGGGCCCUGCACCAAGUCCAAUCCACGACGCCGAGCCUGGUUACCACUACAAGCCUCCACUUCGCCGUUUCAGGCAUUAGGAUAAUCAACCACCGAAAAAAAACCAAACCACAAGCACUGCAUCUAGUUUUAAGCUGUACACAUUAAAAGCAUUUUUAACAAAAAAUAAAAUGGAGUAUUACACC